AUGGAGGGCCAUCUGGAGGUAUCGCCAGGCCGCUCGACCAGCAGCACGGCACCCUUUCCUCAUCGUGAUGGAGGUCUUCUGCAGGAUUCAGCAACGUUUCCCGAGAUGAAGGAUGAGGACGAACCUCAGCCGGGUGUCGUCUUGAAGCUGGCCGAGGUGACGGGCUGUGAUCUCGACACCUGUUGUGCUGCCCUCGUUGCAUGCGAUAACAACUUCCAUGCAGCCCUGGACCAGCUGCGCAGCGUUCCCGGUGCUGAGGAGGUCGGUGCGAAAGCUCGCGCCCAAAUGAGAGCUGCCUUGCAGAUGCUCGAGCGGGCACGUGCCGGCCGUUCUGUCACUCGUGGUGCACUUGGGAGCGCCUGGGUUGUCGCUGCGAUCCUCCUCCACGCAUUCGAGUACAUGCCAAAGCGUUUCCUGGAGAUUCUGCUUGCCCUCGUCGGCGUCCGUGUCGACGGGCCUUUCGGGCUGCUGGCAUUGACCGGGAGUAUCUUGAUUGCCCUCCUGGCGGUUGUGGUGCUUCUCCGUGACCUGGAUGGAUUCUUGAAUUCGGAGAACCUAGUUCAGUAUUGCGAAGGUGCCGGCUUCAGUGACGAAGUGAACGAGGACUCACUUCGAAAGAUGUUUGAAGAGGCUGUUGAGGCGGUUGGACAGGACUGGCGUGCAUUUCCCUUGUGGGAUCUCUACUUCAACUUCGAGGAGAGAGGCAGACGUUGGAAGCGCUUAGGUUGUCUGCUCCAGCGUGCCCUGGCUAUUCCCAUGCAGGGUUUGCCAGCAGUCAGGGUGCGUCUGCGAUCAUUAAUACUUGGUGAUGCGGCUCCCCCAUUGGAGGCGCUUUGCUCUGAAACGGAUGCGCCGACGAUGGAGAGGAUGCUUGGUGCGAAGUCCGAGGAGAAGGACCGCAGCUGCAAUAUCUUCCAGGAGUCAGAUGAAGAGGUGGGCAUUGUCAGUCACAGCGUCGAGGAGAACGACGCGGCUCCGCCGUCGCAUCCACCACCGCCCGCUGAGGCCACAGAGCUGGAGGAUGGCGAACUUCACGAGGAGGAUGACUCGGACCCGGAUGGUGAGAUUCAUGAGGAAGAGGAGCCUCCCGCGGCCGUCCAAAGUGAAGCUGCAGUUCCGGUGGCAGGUUUCAGCAGCGUGGGCGCUCAGAGACCUCCAAACACAGACUCAACAAGUCUGGUUGGGAAGGGCAGUACGGUGGGGGCGGUGGCGCGUUUUAAAGGCGCCGAGGAGCUCGAUGCAUCGGAUCGCGCAGAGCACUUCUUAAGCCUCCGAGAGGAGCUGUGGAACAAGACCUCUUCAGAAGCAGCCCUCCUGAUGCAGUACGAGGCACCACUCCACCGACAGUACUUCCACAACAAGCCCCUGAGUCAAGCUCAACUGGAUGCUUGGCGCUGCUAUUUGGACUUCGAGGAGUCGCGGCAUCCGCGGGACUGGCGGCGGCUUUCUGCUCUCUUCGAGCGCUGCCUCGUCGUGACGAACAACUACUUGGAGUUCUGGCUCCGGUACGCUCGAGCCUUGACGGCCAUGGAGGAGCAAAGCUGCAAGCCGGAAACGGCUUGCAAGCUGUUACGAGGUGCCUGCUUGAACGGCCGCUUGUCCCGCCGGCCGGAUGCUUUGGCGGCCUGGGCAGAGCUGGAGGAGCGAUGUGGGCGACCGCACCGUGCUGGUGCCGUACUAGAUGCGGCUCUGCAGACUUGCGGCAUGGGCUCGACAGAACUUGCCAUCCGAAGAGUGGCAUUGGAGAUGCGCAGAUCUGAUGUCUCGUCUGCGGCGUCUUUGCUGGAGAAGUUUGUCUUGCAGACUGUCAACCUGAACUCCCGCUCGUUUUUGAGUCGUCGCUACGCGCGGCUGAUGGAGGACUGCCAGAGACAGCCAAACAAGGCCGCUAAGUUUUUGAUGGACGCAUGGAAAGCCGGAUGUCGUGACUCGGGCCUGCUGCUGGAGCUCACGUCGCUUCUCAUGCGCACGGCUUCGGACGAAGGCCGCGGCAAGCUGGCGAGAUGCAUGGCUCUUUUCGAAGAGGCCAUCCAUGCCGCUACAGCUGGUCAAGCUCGCAAUGUCCCGGUUCUCGAAGAGGUCGGUCAGUUGUGGGCUUGUUACGUCGACUUCUUGUUGACGCACGGAGCCUCGCUGGAGACAUUGCACAACGUCCAGGACAGGGCGCGCAGAUUUCGCUCCCGCUGCCAGGCCGUGCCGCCCGACACUACAGGGCCCCCUGUCACGCCAACGAAGAAGCGAAGGUCGUCAGAUCUCAGUCCAGAAAAGACCACCGGAUCGAUGGCCGUGAAGCAGGCUGGGGCGCAACAGCGCGCUCGCAUGCAGCGCACCUGGAUCACAGAAUCUGCUGAGCGGGAGUGCAUCAGGCCAUGCAGUAUUGCUGCUGAGCAUGGUGCCGUGCUUGGAACUUGA